UAAAUUAAAUUGCGUCGGGGGAGUGUGGGAGAGAGAGUAGCAGCAGGAGAGAGGGGAGAAGUUGGUUACAGAAGUCACAGGUGGAAAGGGCGUUACAGUUUUCAAGACAACAAGUUGCAAAAUUGUAGUAUUUUUAAUUAAUCCCUCUGCGUGAAACUACUCUUUCUUCAAUAGACAGAUUUGCUCCCCAAAAUUGGCAAUUGUUCGCCACUCAGAAAAAGAAACUGCAAACUUUAGAGCUCAAACGAUGCAUUCCUAUUGAUUUUCAUUUUUAUUAAAUAUUUAUUUUAUGAUGCUUUGUUGUUGUUCAUUGAAUUUGAAUUUGAAUUUAAGAGAUCGAAUACAACCAUGGUUACGCGAUUACGAUAGCCUUCAAUCCUUCGCUAUCAUCCUCAUUUACAUUCAGAUUGGGUGCGCGUUACUUGGAUCGCUAGGAGCAUCAUACAAUGGUGUAUCGCUUAUAAAUCUUGCUAUCUCAUUGUUCGCUUUGGUUGCAAUUGAGAGUAGUAGUCAGAGCCUUGGACGCACUUAUGCUUUCCUUCUCUUCUGUUCUAUCUUGCUCGAUAUUUCUUGGUUCAUUCUCUUCACUCACGAAAUUUGGAAUAUUUCUUCCGACGAUUAUGCCAAGUUUUUCAUAUUUUCUGUGAAACUCACCCUGGCUAUGCAAAUCAUUGGUUUUAUAGUGAGGCUAUCAUCCUCAUUGUUAUGGAUUCAAAUUUAUAGGUUGGGUGCAUCCUAUGUGGACACAGCUUCUCGAGCAGCAGACUUUGACUUACGGAGUAGCUUUUUGAGUCCUGUGACACCGGCAGUAGCGAGGCAAAUCUCCAAUUCGAAUGAGAUACUUGGAGGCUCUAUAUAUGAUCCAGCCUACUACUCAUCCCUGUUUGAAGAUAGUCAAGAAAACAAAUCUACAUGUGGGAUGCCCAAUCAUGACAUUACCCAGAACGGGUCAACAUCAGCCACUGGAGUCUCUCCGAAGACAUCCACAGAGAUAUCUUUUCAGGCUUCGAAUUUUACUGAGAAUUUCGAUCUGUUAUGCAUUUUACUGAACGACACAGAUGGAUGUCUGUUGAAUGUCAUAAGAACAUGGGCAUUUUAAUUAUUUUUUAUUGGUUUUUUUAAUAAAAAAAAACAUUUAAAAGUGAUCACUUUAGAGAUUUUAUUUUAGAUAGUUUUGUCCUAAUCAUGGUUGAUCAAGGCUAGACUGUGGUACUUUCAGAAGAAAAGUUUGCUAAGUGCAGUUUUAUCAUGUAUACACAGGAGCCUGCCAUGCGUAAAUUGUGAAACAACUUAUACUUUCAGUUAUGCUUUUAUUCCAAUGAUUUUUCUUGUCUCCUGGUUUAUCGGUCUCUAGUUCACAUGUUUAAUGACUAAGGCGAUAUCUUUGGAUCAACAGUGGAUUCAAGAUGAAACUAGUCAAUUGCCUGCUUUGCACGGUCUUUUUAAUGGAGAGUUUCAUUUACGUUGAUGUUUUAUCUGGUCUUAUUUAUUUUUCUUUGGAAAAAUUAGUGACCACAUCAAUGACCAAAAUUUGUUCGCCUUGAUAAUCAUUUGGUUGUCUUUCAAAUGUUUUCCCUAUUAGGAGGACAAUUCACUGCCAAGGCUUUCAAAUGUCUUUUCCUAGAGCACUCUCUUGAUAAUCAUUUGAUUGUCUUUGCUUUCUCCAUCUUUUUGUUUUAUUACUUUUCAACGAUGACUAUGACUGCUGACGGGUGCUAGCAUCAAGGUAGACAAAAUCGAGAUCCUAAGUAAGAUCGGGUAGGACCCAUGAAAUCGUGAAUCGGAGGAUCGUAACACGGAUCGUAAGAUCCUACCAAAUUUAAAAAUUCAUAUAUAUUGCAUAUAAAUUCAUAGAUAUUCAUAUGAAGCAACAUAAUUUAAUAGAAAGAAAACUUUAAAUAACACUAACAUUCAUUAUCAGUAGCACAUUAAAUAAAUUAUAUGGUGUGGUAGAACAGUAAAUAAAUUAUAUGGUGUGGUUGAGAACAGAACAAAGGGAAAAGGGUUGAAUAUAAAAUAGAGUGGCUAUGAAAGAAUGAAGGAUUGUAGUCUGCAGAACUAAUGGGGGUAGAAGACUGAAUAAAUAAUUAACGUGAUAGAGGGAAUUGCAUUGGUAAGGUUCCAUGAUUUAUGGGUGUAUUGGAAAAUUUCCCUAAUUAUUGAUAGUGGCUUUAUUGGAAAGAUUUUCAGUAAUCAAUUGGUUUAAUGAGAAUUUGAAACUGUUUCAGAAAAUUAGAAGAGUGAAUCACGUUUUUUUUUUGCCUUUAUGUUCGCAAAAAAAAAAAAGUUGGAAUAAAUCCGGGUCAAGGCCCGACCAGAAAACCAGGUCUUUAGUAAGUAAAACGCAAACCGGGUCGAGAACCGACCCGCGGACCCGGAUUUCUGGAUCUCAAAUCUGAAUCGCCAGAAUCGUACGAUACAAACAAUUCUGCGUUUUUCAACGGCGAUCCAAACCGCGACCACCAAUUUCC